AUGGAAAAAAACGACCGAGAAUUUCAUUACUUCUCUCAGCUACCCACCGAAUCAAGACUUGCCGUCUGGCGUGAAUGCCUUCCAAUUCGCGUCGUUGAGAUUGACUACCCGUGGGACGAUGGCGUCAACUGGAGCCGCCCCUAUCGGCCACCAUGCACGCUACAGAAAACGACCAAUAUCAACCGAUGCCCGCCAGUGAUCAGCCGCGUAUGUCGUGAAUCACGUCUUGUCGCGUUUGAGGCUGGCCACUAUCGUGACAGGGGUUCCCCCCCUCGGGAGGCCCGGUGGAUAUCCGAUCUCGAGGUUGAUCAAUCAUGGAUCGACCCCUCGCGAGACCUUAUCCACUUAAACUGGACUCCAAGCUACAGUGCAGGGUAUCAGAGCGAUGGGAGCGCUCUAGAUUAUCUAUCUUGGAGUGCGGGCAAAGCUUACGGGGGCUCCUUUAUGUUCGAUUAUCUUGAUAAUAAUCGCGACGGCGAUGUCGAUAUCGAAGAGAGGAUCGGGGCUCUCCAGCAAUUACGACAUGGACUUGUUGUGAUGAACCUUAUCGUGGUGCAUACCACGUUCGAAAGAGCAGCUCAAAAGGGCUUAUUUGGACUCCUCGGUGAUGCCUGCGUUCAGCUUGUUGAUGUAUCCGACGAAGCGAGACUAAAUGCCUUUUACGAAUUUGCAGAGAAAUGUCAAUCUGAAGCCAAAGGAUUCGUUACCAGGAAACAAGACUUCCGCAGGGAGUCUGCAGAGUCGGUUGAGAGAAGCCUAAACGACAAGCUCGCGUAUACAUUCGGAGCCGAAGCAGCACGGAAAUUGCCUCCUUUGCGUCCGGCUAUUAUGUUCCGAUUUUGCCCUCAAUGGUGCCACCAUUUCCUCGGCUCUCGAAGCGCCCAAGAUAUCGCCAAAUAUGGUGUUAGCGGGGGGAGGAAUUCGCUCUCUGGAGGCAGACGGGACUUCAGAUGGAGCCCUUAUCAUUGA